CAAUUCGGACAGAAUUCCAAUCACCGAUGUCUGACGCCUGCAACAACAGCAAAAUACUAGUACAUACGUUUAUACAUACAUAUGUACAUAUAUACAUAUAUACAAAUGUGAGUACAUACGAGCAUGUUAUAGAAAUAGCCACAACGUGGAGUCUGAGCCGUUAACGACGACGGAAACGUUGGUGAUGUUGGCGCUGACGGCGAACUGUCGAUCACAGUAUUUUCCUGGUGAUCCAACAAAGCGGACGUGUUCGACGCGAGAGCACAUUUAAACAAAACGUGGUGAAUACUUACUACAAAUAAAGUAGAGAUUUCAAAAGCUUAACGGUACAUGCGGUAAAGUUUCAAGUGUUGAAUGAGCAAGGAAGUAUCGAAAAGCGGAAGAGAAGUGCUAAAAAAGGAAACUUGAAAUAGAAAAAUUAAAAAAGCAAAACAAAUUACAUAAUCCACACAUUCACAAUGCCUACGAAUGGUAAACGUGUUUGCGUUAUUGGCGCGGGCACAGCAGGAUUAUGUGCACUGAAGAAUUCCCUGCAACAGGGUAUGGAUGCGGUGGCCUACGAGCAAUGCAGCGAGAUCGGUGGCACUUGGGUGUAUACGAAACCGGGACAAAAUGAUGUGCACAGCAGCAUGUAUGAGGGUUUGCGCACCAAUUUGCCGAAAGAGGUUAUGGGUUAUCCUGAUUAUGCAUAUCCCAAGGAUAUUGAACAAUCAUUUGUACCAUCAGCGGAGGUGCUGAGGUUUUUGCAAUCAUAUGCGCAACAUUUCAAAUUAUCGGAUUACAUUAAGCUGCAGCAUGAGAUAAUACGCGUGCGUCCAUUGAAUGGUAAAUGGGAGAUCUACGUGCGCGACAUCAAAAAUGACAAAUUCACUAAGGAAAUUUUCGAUUACGUUUUCGUUUGCAAUGGACAUUACAGCAGACCGCUGAUGCCGGAUAUUGCAGGCAUUGCUGAGUAUAAGGGCAAAAAGCUGCACAGUCAUUGGUACCGCAAACCGGACACAUUUGAAGGUACCACUGUGCUCGUGAUCGGUGCCGGCCCUAGUGGCAUGGAUAUCACACAUCACAUUAGCAAAUUUGCCAAGCACAUCUACCUCAGCCACAAUUUAGAUCCAGCACCUUGUACCGAUUUCAUGCAGAAUGUCACGCAGAAGACAGUCGUACAACGCUUCACCGAAGAUGGCGCUGUAUUCAAGGAUGGCAGCACCGCAACCUUCGAUCACAUCAUCUUCUGCACAGGCUACAAAUACACUUUCCCCUUCCUCAGCAUCGAUGUUUUAUUGCGCGUCGACGAUAAUUUCGUGCAUCCACUCUACAAGCAUUGCAUCAAUAUUCAUUAUCCGACGAUGGCGCUAAUCGGUCUGCCCUUCUAUGUUUGUCCAUCGCAAUCUUUUGAUUUGCAAGUACGUUUUGCGCUUGCCUUCUUCUCAAAGAAACGUGAAUUUCCCAGUCGCGAAGAAAUGUUCGCCGAUCUGGAGAAGGAUAUGGAACGUCGCCGCAAGAAGGGACUGACCAAUCGUCAAGCGCAUGCGAUGGGCGAUAAACAGUACGACUACUAUAGCGAUCUGUCUGAGACUGCUGGUAUUGAGAACAUCAAACCGGUAAUCAACAAAAUCAUGGAGGAUUGCAGUCGCAAAUACAUUUAUGAACUGGCCACCUACCGUAAUGAUCGCUUCAAGGUUUUAGAUGAUGAAACUUUCGUGAAAUAUCCAAUGGAGACUGCUUGAAGUUCGAAAACUUUUGUGCUACUUCUUCAAUAUGCUGCUUGGGUACUUUUAAGGGGGUAAUGGGUGCAAUAUGCUUACUUUAUAUUAACUGUUUAUUUAAAUACUAUUUUACUGAUACUACGCUUUUGCUUUGUUCAACUGUUGUAAAAUAUAAUUAUAAUUCAUAAUCAAGCUUCAUACUCCAGCUUCAUUUGCGCAAUAAAAUUCGCCUUGAACGAAAUGCAAAAAA